UCAGUGUCUGAUGACGAAUUGCCCCACGAAUCAUUAUCACUCAGUUCUACAAGUGGUUCUAAUUUACUAUCGCUGUUCUCUAGCUGGUCAAAAAAAGAUUUUGACCUAAAGGGACGCUUUUUGGACGCCAUGGACAUUUUCUCAGUUUCCAGGCAGAAAGAACAGUAAAAAUGCAGGCAGGGCACAGGACAAAGCACUAGGGACAAAAUGUAUGUGAAAUGGUUUGAAUCAGUAAUGUUAUACUAUGAGAUUUUAGUGUAUUGAGUGAAUGUCACUUUUAAAAUGUUUUAAUUUCCCGCCGGUUCCGUCCCCCGUACAUUCCGUACGUCCCAAUGUUUGCAGGAAAAGGAACCCGGAAGACGGAUGCUGGCAUCAGCUGGAGGAGAUGGCCGGGGAUGCUGCAGGGGGGACA